AUGAGCGUCGGCCGCCGGGCGCUCUCGUCCCAAGGGCCCGCCCUCGCCCGGAGCAACUCGUUGCGUUCGAGCCGCCAGCUCGAAGCUUCCAAGUACAAGCUUGCGGAAGGCUGCUGCCUGAGCGAUGACAACAACGAGGCCGACGAGCACAAGUACCCUGAGCCGACGCGCAUGUACCGACCAAAAGAGUGGACGCCCGAGGUCGAGGAAG